AUGAAAGUAAUCAUCGUCGGAGCAGGCCUAGGCGGCUGCGCCGCAGCUAUGGCCAUGCACUACCAAGGCUUCGAAGUCGAGAUCUUCGAAAAAGUGCACGAAUUCCUGCGGCUAGGUGACUCGCUCGGUCUCGGCGAGAACGCGCUCAGAUUGUUGAAGCGAUGGGGUCUGCACGAUCAGCUCAUCGCCCUCGGCAACAAGUCCGAGUUCAUGCAAAUCCGGCACUGGAAGACUGGACAGAUCAUGGCUCAGCAGCCGGCUAUGGAUAUGGCGGGGUAUAUUGGACAUCGCGGCGAUUAUCACAGGGCGUUCCUGGACCGAGUGGAGGAAUUGGGAGUCAAGAUUCAUAUGGGUUGCACGGUUGUUUCCUACGAUGAAAACGAGCCUUCUCUAACACUCGCAAAUGGCCAAGUGCACAAGGCAGACGUCAUCAUUGCAGCUGAUGGCAUCAAAUCCCUCGCCCGCGAACUCGUCCUUGGCUUUGAAGACAAACCCAAAUCCUCCGGCUACGCCUGCUACCGCGCGUACUUCAAAGGCGCCCACCUGAAAGAAGACCCCCUCUGCCGCGAAUUCGUCGACAAAGAAUGCAUUAACAUCUGGAUAGGCCCGGAUGUACACCUCGUGCAGAACACCCUCCGCGACGGUGAAGAAUUCAACUGGAUCCUCACACACAAGGAUACAGAGGAUAUCACAGAAUCCUGGUUCCAGCCGGGGAACAUGGAUGACGUGCGCGAUACCAUUCGAGAUCUCGAUCCGCGGAUUGCGGCGGCCGUCCGGAAGACGGAGGAGUGUCUGGAUUGGAAGAUCUGUUAUCGCGAUCCGAUUCCGUCGUGGGUUAGUAGGAGCCAUAAGAUUGUUCUCCUCGGGGACUCGUGUCAUCCGCAUCUACCGACGAGUGCCCAGGGGGCGUCGCAGGCGACGGAGAGCGCGGCGGUGCUCGCGUUGUGUUUGAAGUUUGCGGGUCAGGGGAAUGUUCCUCUUGCGACUCGAGUGUACGAGAAACUGCGCUUCGAUCGGGUCCGAAAAUGCCAACGGAAUGGCGAAGAUGUACGAGACAGGUGGCACGGAGCGCUAAAGAAACUAGACGCUGGCGAUACCAUCAAUCCGGAGGACGUUAUGAUGAGGAACCGCUGGCUCUACCCCUUCGAUGCCGAGGCCGACACGAUCCAGAGAUGGAAGGAGACAGCGGCCCUUGUGGAGGAGGAGCUGGAGAAAGGACAAAUCACCCCUUUGUUUACCGUGUCUAGUGCCAUUGCGGUUUGA